ACUUGUAGAUUGUAGCAAAUCUAAAAGACAACAGGCUAUAAUAAAGCCAUUUAAUAAAUGUUUACAUUUUCUCUUAACCUCGGAUGCUCUUUGGUGCCCUCCGUAGAUGGUGUCGCCAACGACUGUAAAUAUUUGCUGUAAAAAAGAUGGGAGUUAUAGAUUCUACUGGUCUCGUGUGUCAUUCUAGCCUUAUUAGUUUGUUUUCUUUAGUUUUUAAAAGUAGAAUAAUAUGAGUUGUUUGGGUUUAUUUAUUUCUCUUUAUUAGGGGUUCAACUUGCGCUAGUGACGAAUCUGUGAUAUCCACUGCGUAAUUGCUAUUAUAUUUAUCAUAAUAAACAUAAUAAACAAUGUGAUCUUAUAUAUUUUGGUGGGAGGAAGAAAUCUAAGGAUAUUUGUGUGCUUAUUUUGAUAAAAAGAGGAAAUGGUUAUCGUUACUUAUAAGUAUUUGUGUUGAAUCUGCUUUAGUGAAUCGGGAGAUGCAAAAGGGGAGAGCGGAUGAAAACAUAAACGGAGAGGAAUUGCUAACGCUGCUGUUACUGACAAUGUAGCCGGCUGCAAUGAAACCGUUUAAUGGGUAACGUUAGCGAGUCAUUUAACAUUUCACAGACACAGAGCGCUAUUUGGGCUGGCUAGAUGGCUGCUUCCCUUCCUAGUUAAAUCUGGUUAGUCGGCGAGCUGUUCAGCUAAGCUAGUUUCCCGUAGUUUCUGUCAAACGUGUCUAAUAGCGCCAUGGAGACCAAUUUACAGAAGAGACGGGAAACUAAAUCCCUCCGUGUGAAAGUCAUCAGCUUGGGAAAUGCAGAGGUGGGAAAGAGUUGCAUUAUUAAACGGUACUGUGAAAAGAGGUUCGUACCUAAAUACCUCGCCACAAUCGGCAUAGACUACGGUGUUACAAAAGUUCAAGUUCGGGACCGUGAGAUGAAAGUCAAUAUUUUUGACAUGGCAGGGCACCCCUUCUUUUAUGAGGUACGGAAUGAAUUUUACAAGGACUCCCAGGGAGUCAUCCUGGUGUACGACGUGGGGCUGAAGGAGAGCUUUGACUCCCUGGAUGGCUGGCUGGAUGAAAUGAAGCAGGAGAUUGGCUCUCAAACGAACAUGGAGAACAUCGUCUUUGUAGUGUGCGCUAAUAAGGUGGAUCUGGCAAAGCGACGAGUGGUGGAUGAGAGCGAGGGCCGACUGUGGGCAGAGAGCAGGGGAUUCUUCUACUUUGAGACCUCAGCACAGAGUGGAGAGGGCAUCAAUGAGAUGUUCCAGGCCUUCUUUUCUUCUAUCACAGACAUGUGUGAGAAUGGGGGCAAACGGCCUGUAAUGGAGGCCAGCCUGGGCUUCACCAGGGAGCAGGCUGAUACCAUCCGCAGGAUCCGUAGUAGCAAAGACAGCUGGGAUAUGCUUGGGGUCAAGCCCGGUGCCACCAAGGAGGAGAUCAACAAAGCGUACAGAAAGCUGGCUGUAUUGCUGCACCCAGACAAAUGCAUGGCUCCGGGUAGUGAGGAUGCCUUUAAGUCUGUGGUGAAUGCUCGUACUUCACUUCUGAAGAACAUCAAGUAGGAAACGUAACUGUUCUGACCCAAACCAGUUACCAGGCAUAAAGAUGAAGUCUACUCAUCAAUCCCUGAUAGAAAAAAUGAGAGUGAGAGGAGAGGAGAGGAGAUUUUCUCACAGCUAAUGCAGGAGUUGAUCUUCUGCUGCUCUUGUGCCACUCUAGAGCAGUGUUUCCCAACCCGAUCCUUGGGGAUUGCCAGACGGUACAUGUUUUUGCUCCAACCGAGAGCUGGUACAGAACAAAAAUGUAGACUGUGGCAGGGGGCUGGGAGGGAUCGAAAACAUGGACUCUCUGGGGGUCCAUGAGGAUCGGGAUGGGAUACACUGCUCUAAAGUACUGUUUACAAUAAUGUUUAUGAUGUGAAUUGAGUUAUUUAAUUUCAGUCAUGUGAGUAUAUAUAGCUGUUCUUUUUGAAUUAUUUAAUUUUUGUUCAUUUUGUUAAACCAACGCAUGGUGUAAGGUAUAUAAUACAUUUUUAUUUAGGUAUUUAUUCUGUUAUCUGUCCUUAUUUUUACUGAAGAUCAGAAACACAAUUAAUUGCAAAUAUGCUUACAGACUUAGUGGUAAGUGUGGACCUCUGCCUUGUUCCAUAAUGAUUGCGGUUAUAUUGCAUGAUAAUACAGUGCAGUUCUUAGAUGGAAUUUAUCUGCCUUUUGUCAUUCCAUGACAUCUGAAAAGGAAUACAUGCUUUAGAUAAACAGACCUAUUUUCAGCAGUAAUUAUGGUUACCGAGUAGCUUAAUAAUAAUAAUAACGGUAUUGUUUGUAUGUUGUAUGAAGGCAUGGAGGCAUCUAGUAAUAUAUCUGUUUAUUUUUCUGAAAAAUAUGUUGUACUUAAUGUACACAGUACUAAGCUUGUGUGUGUCGAUAUUCAUUUUCAAAAUGCUAUUGUGAUGAUUUUUUUUUCUUUUCUAUUCACUGUUGUGUAUGAUCCUUCUCAACAAAGUUCUCUCAAAGUUCCUAACCAAAAUUUAAAAAACUGGUCCUGACAUUAACAUUUUAAAAUUAAUAAUAAGCUUGUAAAAAAAGAAAAGAAAAAAAAAAACUCCUCUUGGAUACCAAGAGCAUGUGGCUGGACAAGCCUUUACUUGUCAUUAAUUUCAGCAUUUCAGAAAUAAUAUUUUAACUAUUGUUAGUUCGGUUUUUCUCUGUGCCUCUUGUCGAAGUUCAUCCUGUUAAGUAGGUUUAGGACUACAGCUCUCUGCAUGGUUUGGUAUUAAAAACUGGCACGUUAUAUGCAAUCAGUCCAAUUUGGUUCAUAUGUCAGACAGCGCAGGCAUGAGUCAGAUAAGGAUACAUGAAUAUUAUUGUGACCAAAUGGAUUCACUGACAAUCGGUGCAGAUGUGAAUUUUGUUUAUGAUGAUUGGUUAUUUGGAAGUAAUGCAAAGCCAUUUAUCAUUCAUUUACUGAGAGGAAUAGAAAUUAUGCAGCUUUUAGUGUUGCCCGACAAUUUAAUACAUGUAAAUCGGAUUAUGUAUUAUGUAAAUCUAAUAGAAAUAUGUUGGAUGACCUGAAAGCAUAUCCAAUACAUAAGAGUUUUUUUGUAUUUUUUCUUGUAAAGUAUUUUGUAGAACUGUAAAUGUUUGAAUACAUGUUUGGAUAAUUUA